CUUUUCCUUGGUAACCGCCCAGGCCAGCGGCAGAGCCUGUGUUCUCUUCCGGACAACAACAAUGGCGGAUAGUCUGUCCUCUCCCGGUACCGGAGACUCACCUCCCCAGUCCGGCAUUGAUGGCUCUCAGCGGCUUCUCUUCUCUCACGACCUGGUGUUCGGUACCUACCGGGGUCACAGCCGCUUCGGCCUGGUUAGGCUCAUCCACGGGGAGGACUCAGAGAGCGAAGAGAACGAGGAGGAGGAGGUGGUAGUGGUGGAAGAGGAAGAGGAGGCCGCGGGGGGCCAGAUGAAACAGAGCGGCGGCGGAGGUGCACCGGGGGCAGCACAGGGGAGCCCCGGAUCGGACACUGGUGGUGAGGCCAGCAGGUUCGGGCCCCUCAAGAGAGGCUAUGUGCGGAUCCAGUGGUACCCUGAGGGCAUCCGGCAAGAUGUGAAGGAGACCAAGCUGAAGCUGGAGGAUCGUUCUUUGGUGCCCAGAGAUGUUGUACGCCGAACUGGCACAAAGGACAGUCAAUGUGGCACGGUUGUCGACGUAAAUAUAGACUGCAUGGUGAAACUGGUGGGAACCAACUGCUUCCUGCACCCAGUCAGCAGCAAAGAUCUACAGCACAUUUGGCCUAUCAUGUAUGGAGAUUAUAUUGCCUACGACUGCUGGUUAGGAAAGGUCUAUGAUCUCAAGAACCAAGUUAUCUUAAAGCUGUCAAAUGGAUCCAGAUGUUCAAUGAGCACAGAAGAUGCUUCUAAAUUAUAUGAUGUUUGCCCCCAUGCAAGUGAUUCGGGUCUGUUCUUUGAUGACGCUUAUGGGUUCUAUCCUGGCCAAGUGCUUAUUGGCCCCUCCAAAGUCUUUUCUAAUGUCCAGUGGCUGUCUGGAGUAAAGCCAGUCCUGAGUGCCAAGAGCAAAUUCCGUGUGGGUGUUGAAGAGGUACAGGUGACACAGCUGAAAGUAACGUGGAUAACGAAAAGCUUUUGUUUGGGGGGUGCAGACUCUAUGGACCCACCCUCCUCUGUUAUAACCCUGGAGAACUUGCACAAAGUGAAGAGGCUUGGCUCGUUUGAUCACACCCAGAGGCAGCUAGGAGAGAGGUGCUUGUACAUCUUCCCAACCAUGGUGGAGCCCACUAGAAUCUUGUGCGAGAGCCUGGAGAAGAACUGCAUACUUGGAGACAUAGCCGGCACCAGAAAGCAAGGAGACAAGUUGCGGGAGAAGCAAAUCGUGAAAAUCAUCUCAUGUACACAAGAGUCCUCAAACCCAGCGGACCUACUGAAGAGACACUCUAACCCUCCAGCAUCUGAACUGGCUGAGAAAGGCAUUAAACAAAAUGAGGCCACCAAUGGAAAAGAACUACCAAAAGAUCUACACUCUGAGGAGUGUUCUGCCCAGGACCAACUGCUGGGAAACAUCCGGGAGAUGUUCCAGGACUUCCCACUUCAGGCUAAUGAACAGGAUGCCGAUGACGAAGCUGCUGAAGACACCGAUGACACCAGCUCUGUGACGUCUUCUGCCAGCUCGACCACCUCCUCGAAAAGCGGCAGUGGGGCUGGUCGUAAGAAGAGCAUUCCUCUGUCUAUACGAAACUUAAAGAGGAAGCACAAAAAGAAGAAAAAGAGCAAGGUGUACAGAGAGUUCAAACCAGGGGACAGAGUGGCCGUUGAAGUGAUCACAACUGUGACCUCAGCAGAUGUGAUGUGGCAGGAUGGCACUGUAGAAACUAACAUAAGGUCCAAUGAACUGCUCCCCAUCCAGCAUUUGGAUAAUAAUGAGUUUUGUCCAGGAGAUUUUGUGGUGGAUAAAAGAGCUCACACUCUGCAAGAUUCCAGUGUGUAUGGUGUUGUCCAGUCUGGAGACCAUACAGGGCGUACGUGUGUGGUGAAAUGGAUCAAACUAAAUUAUGAAGGAAAUGAUGUUGAGGUUCUUGGAGAAGAAGAGGAUGUCAGCGUAUAUGACCUCGCUGAUCACCCAGAUUUCCGUUUCCGAGCUACAGACAUUGUGAUAUGUAUUGGGAGCUCAGGGGCGGAUGUUCUUCAAGAUGGUACCCAGCCCUCAGUGGGACAAGUAGCUCGCGUAGAUGUCAAUAGCAAGGUUGAAGUUAUUUGGGCUGACAACUCUAGGUCCAUUGUGCUUCCACAGCAUUUGUAUAAUGUGGAGUCAGAGCUGGAGGAAUCCCUCUAUGACUCUGUGGAUAGCAGCUCCAGUGGUGCCUCCUCUGAUGAAUGGGAAGAUGACAGUGACAGCUGGGAGACGGACAAUGGUUUGACGGAGGAUGAAAACACACGCCUAGGGGCAGAGGCAAUGGAGCAAGCCCAAAACCAAACUGCUGCAUCAGAGACCACAUCACAAGCAGAAGUAGAAGAAACGGAGCCGGGUGCUACUGCAGCUGUUGUGGCCAAAGUGAAUGAAAAUGAAGUGAUUGUCAAGAGCUUUAAAGAACUUAAGGAGGCUAUUAAGAUUCUUGAGAGUCUGAAAAACAUGACCGUGGAGCAGCUUCUGACUGGAUCUCCAACAUCACCCAUUGCUGAGCCAGAAAAAUUCACAAGAGAAAAGAAAUUUCUGGAUGAUAUCAAGAAACUGCAGGAGAAUCUCAAGAAGACACUUGAUAAUGUGGCCAUUGCAGAGGAAGAAAAGAUGGAGUCUGCUCCAGAAGGCGAGAAAGAAGACAAGGCGGAAGCACAGACGCCCGUGCGUUCUGAAUGGCCCAGUGACACACCUGUCCUGUGCCAACAGUGUGGCGGCAAACCUGGAGUCCUAUUCACUAGCGCCAAAGGAGAUGUUUUCUCGGUGUUGGAGAAUGCACCUGAGGGGCAUAGUUUUGCAAAACUGGAGUUCCAGGCCCCUGAAGCUAAGAAGUUCUUUAGCACUGUGCGUAAGGAGAUGGCUCUACUUGCCACAUCCCUCCCCGAUGGUAUCCUGGUGAAAACCUUUGAAGACAGGAUGGAUCUCUUGUCAGCGUUUAUUAAAGGACCCACACGUACUCCGUAUGAGGAUGGCUUAUUUCUGUUUGACAUACAGUUGCCUAAUAACUACCCAGCUGUGCCUCCUUUCUUCCGCUACCUUUCUCAGUGCAGUGGGAGGCUCAACCCAAACCUGUAUGAUAAUGGGAAAGUGUGUGUCAGUCUGCUGGGCACCUGGAUAGGAAAGGGGACUGAGAGAUGGACAAGCAAAUCCAGUCUUCUCCAGGUACUAAUAUCCAUACAAGGCCUUAUACUGGUAAAUGAACCCUAUUACAAUGAGGCUGGCUUUGACAGUGACCGCGGUCUGCAAGAAGGUUACGAGAAUAGCCGUUGCUACAACGAGAUGGCUCUGAUCAGAGUUGUACAAUCUAUGACGCAGUUGUUGAAGAGACCUGUGGAAGUCUUCCAACAGGAGAUCAUGGAACACUUUCAAAGCAACGGCUGGCGUUUAGCUCACAGGAUAGAGACCUGGCUAGAAACCAAUUGCAUGGUAGAACAGGGAGGUGAGUUGCCUAACGGCCAGGAGCACCCUUGCAUUGCACCCUACAGUCCCUCUGAGCAAGAAAUCACACCAGAGCCUUCUUUAAGUUCUAAGGAUUUGGACGAUUCUGGGUGCGGAGCUUCCACCCUAUCACCUGGAGAGGCUCCUCAGUGUUCUGACUUGGAUGGAAUGGGUAAGGGGGCCUCAAGUAUCACCUAUAGCCAGGCUGAGGAACCACAAGGGGCAACUGGAGGAGCACAGCCAAGUGUGAAACCAAAGAAACGUAGGAAGAGCUAUCGUAGUUUUCUGCCUGACAAACGAGGAUACCCUGACAUUGGCUUCCCGUUGUUUCCCUUGUCUAAGGGCUUCAUCAAAAGCAUCCAAGGUGUUCUGGGGCAAUACAAGGCUGCUCUCUUGGAAGCCGGCAUUUUGGAGCCCCGCGGAGCCAGGCUGACAUUACCAUUGUAGAGACCAGAUGCAAUGUGGGCCUGUCUUCAGCUCCCCCACACACUACAUUCUGUUUCCCCCAUCUUUCAUUUCUUGGGGAGGCCAAUAAAACAAAAGUCUGGGGCAACAUAAGACUUCUUAACCACAGUGUCUGCUGUGAGACCAAACAAGAUUGUAACCGAAUAAAUAAUGGCUGAUAUUAUGCCGUAUGCUCUGCUGUUCCCUUAAUUUACUCUGUCCAGAUCAUCUGCUCCUGGCAUAAUGUCUGGGGCUGCCUUGCUGCUACAGGGCAGAGAAUUUUAUCAUGUAUUGCUCAUGAAGGACUAUCCCCUUACCUCUGCAUAAUGUCUUAGACCCAGAUCAUUCAAGAGUUGCUAAGUUGGCCCUUGUUGAUAAC